GACCCGGAAGCGCCGCCCCCCGCGGCGGGGGGGACUCGGAGCCAUCGCGGCUGCGCGGGGACGGAGCGGCGCGUGCCGGCCGGGGCUGCCCCGGGCUGCAGCUCACUGAUAAGAUUGCACAGCUUGUGAUUCUGCACUGUUGUCUGAGUUCAGCAUCAGCUGCCUUUCCUCUGCUGCAAGAUGCCAGCAGCUCUUGCAGAGAACAGCCAGGUUAUCUGUGAAGUAUGGGCCAACAACCUGGAGGAAGAGAUGAGGAAAAUUCGGGAGAUCGUUCUGAGUUACAGCUACAUUGCCAUGGACACAGAGUUUCCUGGAGUUGUUGUCAGGCUGAUCGGGGAAUUCCGCAGUUCCACAGACUACCAGUACCAGCUCCUGCGGUGUAACGUCGACCUGCUGAAAAUUAUCCAGCUGGGCCUAACUUUCACAAAUGAGAAGGGGGAAUAUCCUUCUGGCAUCAACACCUGGCAGUUUAACUUCAAAUUCAACCUCACGGAGGACAUGUACUCUCAGGAUUCCAUAGACCUCCUUGCCAGCUCUGGGCUGCAAUUCCAGAAGCACGAAGAAGAAGGGAUUGACACCCUGCAUUUUGCUGAGUUGCUGAUGACAUCUGGGGUUGUCCUAAGUGACAGUGUGAAAUGGCUCUCCUUCCACAGUGGUUAUGAUUUUGGCUACAUGGUGAAGUUGUUGACAGAUUCCAAGUUACCGGAAGAGGAACAUGAAUUUUUCCAUAUCUUGAACCUUUUCUUCCCAUCUAUCUAUGAUGUGAAGUACUUAAUGAAAAGCUGCAAAAACCUCAAGGGUGGCCUUCAGGAAGUGGCAGAUCAGCUGGAUUUGCAGCGAAUUGGACGACAACACCAGGCAGGAUCAGACUCUCUUCUCACAGGAAUGGCGUUCUUCAGAAUGAAAGAGUUGUUUUUUGAGGAUACAAUUGACGAUGCAAAGUAUUGUGGGCGACUGUAUGGCCUUGGCACGGGGGUGGCUCAGAAACAAAAUGAAGAUGUGGACUCAGCCCAAGAGAAAAUGAGCAUUUUGACCAUUAUCAACAACAUGCAGCCGUGAUGAGCGGUGCCCCCCAGCAGAACAUGUUUACCACAUUGGCAGCUGCUGUCCUCAACCUUUUUCCCUAAUAGUGUCUCAAACAAAAGGCCUCUCCAGUCCACAGGCUGAGCAAGGCCUGCAGUGUUGCUGAAGAGCUGCUUCUUCAUUUGAAACCCAGAAGAGUUGACUGAAUUCCUAAUACCAGCAUUUGUGGUUUGCCAUAUUUUUAAUACCAAGGCCAAAGGACAGAA